AUGGCCUUGGCCCAGCGGCAAGUGGCGGUGCAGGAAGGGCCCCUCUACCGCACGGAGGGGUCCCACGUCACGCUGUGGUGCAAGGUGAGCGGCUACCAGGGCCCGUCGGAGCAGAACUUCCAGUGGUCCAUCUACCUGCCCUCGGCCCCUGAGCGGGAGGUGCAGAUCGUCAGCACCGUCGACCCCUCCUUCCCCUACGCCAUCUACACCCAGCGAGUGCGCAGCCGGGGCAUCUACGUGGAGCGGGUGCAGGGGGACGCCGUCCUGCUGCACAUCACCGAGCUGCAGGACCGGGACGCCGGGGAGUACGAGUGCCACACGCCCAACACCGACGAGAGGUACUUCGGGAGUUACAGCGCCAAGAUGAACCUCGUGGUGAUCCCCGACUCGCUGCGAGUGACAGCAGUCCCGCAGACGCUGAACAAAGUGGAGCGCGACUCCCUGGAGCUGAAGUGUGAGGUGUCUAAGAGCACAGCCCAACACAGCCACGUCUCCAUCGCCUGGUACCGGCAGCGGGGCAGCGAGGUGCCUGUGGAGGUCAUCUCCCUCAGCCGUGACUUCGUCCUGCGGGCCGGCAGCGCCUACGCCCAGCGGCAAGCCACGGGGGAUGUUCGCUUGGACAAAGUUGGGGAGACCACCUCCAAGCUCACCAUCUACAACCUCCACCCAUCGGAUCAGGGCGAGUUUUACUGUGAGGCGGCAGAGUGGAUCCAGGACCCCGACAAGUCUUGGUAUGCCAUGACCCGCAAGCGUUCCCAGGGCGCCAUCAUCAACGUGCAAGCCACCGAUAAGGAGUUCAGCGUCCGGCUGGAGACGGAGAAGCGGAUGUACAUUGUGGGUGAGCCGGUGGAGUUUCGGUGCAUCCUGGAGGCACAGAACGUCCCUGACCGCUACUUCUCCAUCUCCUGGGCCUUCAACAGCUCCCUCAUCGCCAGCCUGGGACCCAAUGCCGUGCCGGUGCUCAACAACGAGUUUGCCCAGCGUGAGGCCCUGGGCCAGCUCAAGGUAGCCAAAGAAAGUGACAACGUUUUUGUGCUAAAGAUCUACCGCCUCCGCCUUGAGGACAGUGGCAAGUACAACUGCCGGGUGACUGAGCGGGAGAAGACCGUGACGGGGGACUUCAUCGACAAGGAGAGCAAGCGGCCGAAGAACAUCCCCAUCACCGUCCUCCCGCUCAAGACCAGCAUCUCCUUGGAGAUUAUCAACAACGCCAGCAAUGUCUUGGAGGGGGAGAGCCUGCGCUUUGGCUGCAGCGUGCGCUCGGGCUUCGGGCCCCAGAGCCACUUCUCCGUCGCCUGGCAGCUGGUGGACAGGCUGAACCGGCGCAGCGAAAUUGUGCGUCUGGAUCGGGAGGGCACCCUGCAGCCGGGACCCUCAUACACCGAGCGCAGCAGCUACGGGGGCAUCCAGGUGGAGCAGGUCCGACCCGGCUCCUUCACCCUGGAGAUCUUCAACAGCAUCAAGGCAGACGAGGGCCACUAUGAGUGCCGGGUGGCCGAGUGGACGCGGACGCUGGAUGGGGAGUGGCAGCUGGUUGGGGAGCGGCACACGGGCACCCCGGUGUCCAUCACUGCUCUGGAGGCUGGCUUUGCUGUCACGGCCAUUUCCCGCACCCCCGGAGUGACCUACAACGAGUCCUUCGACCUCCAGUGCAUCAUUAAGCCCCACUACCCGUCGUGGGUACCAGUGUCGGUGACGUGGCGUUUCCAGCCAGCCGGCAGCACCGAGUUCCAUGACCUGGUCACCUUCACACGCGAUGGCGGCGUCCAGUGGGGCGACAGGUACAUGGGUUUCCGGACCCGCACCGCCAUCGAGAAGGCCGAGUCCAGCAACAACGUGCGCCUGAGCAUCAGCAGGGCAAGCGACACAGAGGCCGGCAAGUACCAGUGCGUGGCUGAGCUCUGGAGGAAGAACUACAACAGCAGCUGGACGCGGCUGGCGGACAGGACCUCCAACCUGCUGGAAAUCAGGGUCCUGCGGCCAG